AUGGUUCAGGCGAUAAAUGCUCAAUUGUCUGUACCAGAGAAUUUGACAAAAAUUUUUAAAGCUGUCGAAACACUCGAGGAUUUUCAGUUGCUAGCUGGAGUCCAAAUAACAGACACGUCUGAAAACUUUGACGCGGGGCUUUCAUACCUUCCUCGCAAUGACGCAGAAAGCUCUUUAGUGCAUCCACUUCCUACAAUGGAAAGUUAUUUUCCAUCCAGACAUGUAGUAGCUUCAAGCGUCCAGACCCAGGAAGCUCAACGAGUUGUCACAAUAGUGUCGUCGAAGUACUUGCAAAUGGGCAGGACGGAGCCAAUCAACAGUUUUAGGCAAGGCGCAGAUACCUGCUUGCCUAAAGAGAUCUGUGUACCAGUACCUGAAGAGAAUUACAGCCCUCAAGUUUUGUUUUUUCCAAGGUGCUUCAAAGUCACGCAGUGCGUUGGGUCGUGUUGCGAUGAUGCAGAAAACUGUCGAGCAACCUCAGUAGAAUACGUUCAAAAGCAGGUCCUUGAAUUAUUAUACUUGGGAAAGAGUAGGUUUGUAGUAAACCGGACCAUCACUGUAGCCAUUGCAGUCCACACAGCUUGCGGUUGCCAAACAGAAAAAAGUACUAAUUAUGGAACAACGGACCCUAUUUUAUCAAACUGCACACGCAUAUGUAAGAGUCAGGAUGACGAAAACAAAAGUUCAGACGUUUGCAGCCUUGAACGAGUCUGUGUGCCGAUUUCCUUGAGUAGCUUUGACCCACAAAUUUUGCUGUUUCCAAGAUGUUAUGAAGUCUUUCGAUGUGUAGGAACCUGUUGCGUUGCAGCGAGGUCUUGUCAAGCAACAGCAGUGGAAUUUUUUCCCUUAACGGUAACUGAGCUGAAAUACGAAGGGAAUAAUAAAUUCAAGAUUAAUCGAACCGUCCAUAUAACAAUGGAAAAUCAUGAGGGGUGCAGAUGUCUGGACGAGUGCCCAAACCAGAUGACUUGUAGAAAAACCAACUUUGUUGCUCCGAGCACUGUGUGCAUUUGUGCAAAUCACGGCAACAGGACUGAUUUUAAAAAUGGUUGGGAAUGA